CUCACCCACCCCCUUUUCCGUUCCCUUCUCUUGUUUUGGCUCUGGCUAAGAGUAGAAGACAAAGGGAAAUCUUCUGAUUGGGAUGGUCUUUGUCUAAAGCAGGCAAACCAGUUUCUUGUUCAUCAUAUCUUAAAGGACGGAAAGAGGACGGAGGAGGAAGAUGCAGCUCAUAUUAUUAUUUCUCAUCUGUAUGUGGUCUGCUGUAGCUCCACAGCACCGCUUAGUGGAGGAUAUAUGCACUGCGAAACCAAAGGAUAUCCCUGUAAACCCUGUCUGCAUCUACCGUAAUCCUGAGAAGAAGCUCCUAGAAAGCACAGGCUCAGAGCCUGAUCAGGAGAAAAUCCCUGAAGCAACGAACCCCCGAGUCUGGGAACUGUCCAAGGCCAAUUCCCGCUUUGCUACACGCUUCUAUAAGCACCUGGCUGACUCCAAGAAUAACAAUGAGAACAUCUUCAUGUCACCACUCAGCAUCUCCACAGCUUUUGCCAUGACCAAGCUGGGGGCCUGUGACAGCACCCUCGAGCAGCUUAUGAAGGUUUUUGAGUUUGAAACAAUUUCAGAAAAGACAUCAGAUCAGAUCCAUUUCUUCUUUGCCAAACUGAACUGCCGGCUUUACAAAAAAGUCAACAAAUCCUCAGAAUUGGUGUCGGCCAACCGCCUCUUUGGAGAGAAGUCCGUGGUCUUCAAUGAUACGUACCAGAACAUCAGUGAGGUGGUUUAUGGAGCCAAACUCUGGCCUUUGAACUUCAAAGAGAAGCCAGACCUAUCCAGGGCAAUCAUUAAUGGCUGGGUAGCGAAUAAAACGGAUAAACGCAUUACAGAUGUGAUCCCUGAAGGAGGUAUUGAUGAUCGCACUGUUCUGGUGUUAGUCAAUGCCAUUUACUUUAAGGGCCUCUGGAAUUCGAAGUUUCUUCAUGAAAAUACAAAGGAAGAGACGUUUUUCAGACCCAUUUCUGGGUCCUGCCUAGUACCUACAAUGUAUCAGGAAGCUCCAUUCCACUAUGCCUCCAUCCCAGGCUCUAAAGUGCAAGUGCUGGAGCUGCCCUACAAAGGGAAUGACAUUACUAUGGUGCUCAUCUUGCCCUAUCUGGGAACAGCCCUGGUGGAAGUGGAACGGCAAAUAUCAGAGAAGUUGCAAGGCUGGCUGAACGCCCUGAGAGAGGUCUCCCUCUCAGUGCAUCUGCCCCGUUUCCGGAUGGAGGAGAGCUUCAGCCUGAAGGAUAAACUACAGCAAAUGGGACUGGUAGACCUUUUUAGCCCUGCAGAUGCCAAGCUGCCAGGUAUAAGUGAAGGAGGCCAAACAGACCUUUAUGUAUCUGAAGCUUUCCACAAAGCCUUCUUAGAGGUGAAUGAGGAAGGCAGUGAGGCAGCAGCUGCAACAGCAGUCAUGAUCACAGGCCGCUCCUUUGCUUUGAACAAAAUUGUCUUCAAUGCCAACAGACCUUUUCUGCUAUUCAUACGGGAAGUUGCCCUCAAUUCCAUCCUUUUCAUGGGCAGAGUAGCUGACCCUUGCCCUUAACUCUCUUGUUGCCUUCUGGUGGUCCCACCUCCUGUUUGUAAACUCCCCACGGCAUCUGGGGUAGCCAGCUAAUAAAAAGGUAUCUUCCCUGUG